AUUUUUUUCCAGGCCAUGUCAUUGAAGGCUCUUGGCCUUCGUGUCCAGCUCGGGCAUCCUGUUGGCCAAUGCUGCAUUCUCCCUAGACACACAUUCAACAGUGAGUUCGUGCUAAUAGACACAAACGGAAUCCAUGAAGUCGGAUUGGAUUUCUGUGGUUGU